AUGCCUUCCAGCCCGAAAAAGAAGAAGUGUGAGAGUUACAAAGUGAUUGUACUCGGUGACAGCGGUGUUGGAAAGUCGAGUUUAGUGCGCCGAAUGACCAACUCAGGAAAUUUGACCGGUACUGCAAUUCGCAAAGACUACUUGUCAAAAAUAGCGCUCGUGGAAGGUGCCUCUGCACCAUUGCAGGUGCAACUGUGGGAUACUGCAGGCCAAGAGAAAUUCGGAGCCGCUCGACUGCCAAGCUCAUUCUUUCGUCUUGCAGAUGCCGCGUUGGUUGUGUACGACAAACCUUUCGAAAGAAAUGAUUAA